AUGGACAAACCUUCACUCCAACCGCUGACGCGCAAAAACCUCGUCAACCACGAUAACGCCUGGGCAGCAGAUGCUUACAAGGUGCCUUGUGCCCGCGCAGACACCGCAAGGCGACAGCUUCACCAAUUGCUUUGGACCCUUGGGCGGAUCGGACCCCGAGGCCAACACAUUCUCAAACAAUUGGACAUUUACAUCGCUGGUCCUUACAGCGUUCAGUGUCGGGAGUCUGCCGAUGUAGAACCCGACCCAAAUGACGUGCAGUACUGGGAGGACAAAUUGCAAUCGUACAGAGAUCAAUAUACACCAAUCAUUCUGCUAGAAGAAGCGAAGGGUCGCGUCUACUCAGAAAUGAUGGUGCUGCGCCAACUGGGACGUGAAGGUGCACGCUUGCUCGCCCUCGACGAGCUCUACAUCGCUGGCCCCUACGAAGUCAGAUGUGCAGCCGAAAGGUGCUCCGAAAUGCCCCUUGACGACGUCCGCUAUUGGGAUGAGAAAUGGCAUCACUUUCACACUGGUGUCGAGGCUUUGAAGAGUGCCUGCCCUCGACCGCUCUCUCCUGCAGCCCUUACCAUUGACGGCAGCUUGACUGAAGCUUUCACGAGCGAUGAUGACGCCACUACAGAAAAGACAGUGGUCCGCCGGGACAACAAGGUGGAGGCUUGGGUGCACACGCUGCAAGACGAUGCUGGUGCUCGGCCCCGCAAUGGAACUUCGCAUGCGCACCAAUCUUGGACAAAUUCAUCACAUCUGCUUCAACACCAGCCAGGCAAUGAACCGGCCAAUGUUGAGCCACCAAGGCCGCGCAAAAGGAAGCACCAAGCGCCGGAGGGGGAGGAUAGCAAAAGUUCUCGUGAGCUGCGCCGAUCAAAACGAUUGAAGGCGCAUGAGAAACUUCCGAAGACAUCAAGGCAAGAGCUCGAGGAUGCCACGAUGUCAACUCUCGGCGAUCAUGGCCUGAGAAGGAGUGCUCGACUGGCGCUCAAGCCGCGCAAGCGUUACACUGGCUGA